CUGCGGGAUCUUCUGAAAUUGGGACCCGUGAUGGUGGUUUUCGUCCUUAAGUUUGCAUUCAUCACAGUGCGUGGGCCGUCAACUAGGACUCAACCGGCGACACUACCAUCCAAUGAGAGGAGAUCUUUUGAAGCAUUUCCUCAUUUGGCCGCCGCGAUUGUCGACAUCGCGACGUUAACCCAAACUGGGCACCAGCCACACCUGGCUAUACUGCAAUGCGACCAUCCCUCUUCCCAAAACUGACCCGCGAUUUGGGCAUCUCCUGGAACCCAUCCACUUAAAGCACCUGUUCCUGGACCGUAUCCUCAAGUCACCAAGACGGACAAGCCAGUCAAGAUUUUGGUCCGGAUAUAUGCGGUACUUGGAAGCGAUUCCCUCCAACACUACGCUCAGUUGCCCUUUACAUCUAGGACUUUCACACCAGAACAUGUCAGGACAACGCGGUGAGACAUUGUGGUUCUUGUCAGCGCAUUCCGGCCUGAGACUCCAUGCACUCCUUGACACAAGGAAGGAUCAGAUCGCCAUUUUGGAACAAUACCGACCAUUACCCAGACACCAUCAGCUUCGCAAGUUGGCGCUUCUCGAGAUCAAACCGAUAUCUGGCCAAAAGACUCUCCAUCUUCGCCUCCACGAUGCCCUCUUGGGAUGUCAACAUUCUCAAAAGGCGGCAAAUGUACCCGUCUUGUUUCCGGGCCUCCUUGACCCAAGAUCCAAAGCGUUGCAGUGCAGCGGCAAUGCUCGCGCUUCACUUCCCUGGUGUUUGUGGAAUUUCUGUAAUGAUUAUCGAGGAUUUGAGAUCAACAUACGCGUUCCUUGGUCCUAUGUUUAUCGCAUGGUGCGCGAACCAUUCUUUCAGAUUACACAGUCUUACAAACUGGUGUUUGAGCACGUAUCGAUACAAUCAUUCGGCAAGAUCUCCAUGUGCAACCAACCUCGAGACAAGACCCCAUGGAUGCCUAUGGCCUCUACAAGAAAAGUGGCCCUCGAUCACAGACACUGGGACCCCGGCAACCGGCCCUUUCCUGAUCGGGUCAAGCUUUUGAUGUGUUUCGUCAAGAUGACCAACCCAUGGUUCUACUCCAACGACGGCUACAACUAUCACAACAUGCAAUACACUUACAACAGAAUGGAGGAUACACCGGAACUACCCUCGAGCUUUAUCGACCCCAGCCUGCAAAGUCUAACACCGCCAUCAGUCUACCCGACCACCAUGGAUCAACACCAGUCGAUGCAACGCCAACUCAAGGAAGAGCAAAAGACAAUGUUCUUCAACUCUGACAUCCCACAACAGGCUACCUUCAUGCCUUCAACAAUGGGUGCCAUGGCUCCCUUCCAGGUCCGCUACACCAGCCCCUUUUCCGCCUUCGAGGCUUCAGAAGCAUCCGGAAGUGCACAAAGCCCACCCGCCGACACCAACACCGAACCACCUGCAUACUACGAAACCCGCUCGCCCCUACAAGAGCCUCUGCCGCUUGAAGACUUCGGCUUCUCCCAGAACCACUUUGUCCAGUUCGCCGGCAUGGGUCUGGGUAAUGACUCCUUCGUCAACCCCAUGGACGUCAACUCAACCGGGCAGCUGGACGGCUACGACAGCGAGACUAGCACUCCCGAGUUCACCUUGCCUCAGCGUGUCAACAGCUGGGAGAGUUACACGACUGGUGGCGUGUCCGGGUGUGACGUGGAGCAGCAGCAGCACAACUCUCCUAUAGUUGACUGCACAAAGCCCGUCAACCACUACGCGCCUGCACCCCAGGAGAAGAUAGAGGAGCAAUCACCAAUAACCCUCCCACUCAACCUGAAGAGACCGAGAGGCGUCAACGCCGAUGACGACGAUGAAUACCUCCCAACCACCAAGCGAACCGCAACCCUUGCCCCAUCAACAACAACCACCAGCAGAACCGGAACCAAAACAACCACAACCCGCCGCGGCCGCCCCCCAACUUCUCACUCCCCCCUCACCAGCCACCGCCCUCACCAACACCAACACCAACACCAACCCACCCUUCCAGCAACCCUCCCCUCAACAACCAAAGCCCUAACCCCCAACACCAAAUCCUCUCUCCUCCUCUGUCCCCACCCGCCCUGCCAACAAUCCACCACCCAUGGCUUCAAAGACCAGCCCUCUCUGGACGCGCACAUCAAGAAACAGCAUUCCCGGCCGUUCAUCUGCGUCUUCAGCUUUGCCGGGUGCGACUCCACUUUUGGUUCCAAAAACGAGUGGAAGAGGCAUGUGGCCAGUCAGCAUUUGGUGCUGGAGUAUUGGCUUUGUAGGGAGGGGGAGUGUGCUGGUGUUGAUAAUAACGUUCCUUCUGUGGCAGUUGCUGGUGGGGCUGGUGGAUCGAGGUCUGGACGACGGGCUGUUGCAACAGUACUAACUGACGACGAAGAGGAUGAUAACGACGCAAUGCUGCUACCGAACGGCGCCAUUUUCAACCGCAAAGACCUCUACACUCAACACGUUCGUCGGAUGCACUUGCCUUCGCACUUGAGCCACCUGAGGAAAACCACAGCCCCCCAAUCUACCACGAGCAGCAAGAAACCAUCAUCCUCUUCCAUGAACCAAACAAACGACACCACCGCCCAGGAACUAAACGCCUACAUCACCACCUUACAAUCCCGCGCCCAAAUCAAGCGCUGUUCCCUCCCGACAUACAUGCGUUGCCCUGUUCCCAGCUGCCAGCAGGGCGCCGAGUUCAAGGGCACAGAGGCGUGGGAUCAGAGGAUGGAACACGUUGCUAAGCAUCUUGAAUCUUUUGCUGCAUCUGCGGGGACUGCUUCCUCUACUGCUACUUCUCGCAAUUCCAAUUCCAAUUUCCAUACAGAACGUCAUGGGAAUGGGAAUGGAGAUACGGCGGAGGAGGAAGACCGGGUGGAGUUUGGUGGGGAGAACGAUACCACGUUGACGGAGUGGGCUAGUAGUAGGGAAGUAGGCAUCAUCAAGCGCGUCAAGGCCGGAAGGGGAGGGGGAGGGGAUUGGAAGUGGAUGACUAGGGACCCGAUUAAACGCAGGGGACACGGCGGCGGUAACGGAAACACCACACACGGCCACGGGUGCGGAGUGGGAAGGGGUGGCAGAACAAAGCCAGUCAAGGUUAAGGCCAUGAGGAUUAAGGAAGAGGAGGAGCAGAAACAGGAGCAGAAACAGAUCUACGUCAAGCAAGAGAUUGUGGUCCAGCAGACGUUCGACUUUGAAGGAGAUGAGGACGAUGGCAUGGUUGCGCCAGAGGAUUGGGAGGAUGAAUGACUUCUGACGAAAAUGGGGAAGGUGGACAGAAUGUUGCCUUCCCUUGUCGGGUCUUUGGUUCGAUUUGGUUCAGGAUCAGGAUCAGGAUCAUGGCCACAAUCACUGAUGGGGAAAAUUACUAAUGAUACGUUAACUGGAACUGGGGAUUUGGUGGAGUUGGAUAUGAUUGAUUGAUGAUGAUGAUGAUCAUACCAUGCUUAUAUACAGAUACCUUGGCAGCUCUUUCUUUUGUUUAUCUUGUGAUGUGGUUAAUACAAAUGUGCGAUUUGUGUUUUCUUCCAUUCGCUGGUC